AAAACGAUAAAAGCAUGUUUUUUUAAGUCAAUGUCUGUUAUAUUUUUUUGUGUUCGCUAAGCACAAGCGCUUUUCAGAAACUAUGAAACAUUGUUGAAGUGAUAUGGAAGUUUAUACGAGCAUAUACUAUAUACUUAAAUGUAGGCUAAAUAUAAUAUUAAAGAGUAUAUGUAUAAUUAUUUAUAGUCAAAGGCAAUUUAGUUGUUGUAAAACUCCGUUUAUAAUAAACUCGGGUAUAAAAUUAUAAUUAAUAGCCAGUCGUUUCCCCCACUUAGCUGUGACAAUACCGUGCCGACUGGCUUUUAAUCAACAAAUACAUAUUUGUGGAUUUACACAUUAGACGGAUGUCUCGUCCGACUGUCGUGUUUAGAUAAAUAAACAAUUAUGGGUAAAGUUAACGAAGACUUAAUAAAGGAGAGAUCUAAGUGCAGUUUCAACGUGGAAGAGCUAACAAACUUUUUGGAUGAAGGACGCGACAAAACUUUGGAAAGGAGAGAAAGAGAAAAGCUUAUUUUAACGAAGAAAGAAGAAAUAUUCGGAGGCCCAUCAGAACAUUACCUAAGUCAUAAGGAGAAGUACGAGAACUCGAUACGGAGAGCGGUCGUUCUGUUCAGUUUAAUUAGAAAAUUCCAUGCAAAGAACAAUACCGAUCUGACUAAUUACAGAAAUAUUCUUAGCUGUGUAUUUGGGACUUCUAUAUCGCAAGAUGGGUCACCUUUCGGCCUGCAUUACAUCAUGUUUAUGCCAGUAUUCAUGAGUCAGGCUGACGAGGAACAACAGAAAAAAUGGCUCCAGCGAGCUUUAGACUGCAAUAUUAUUGGUUGCUAUGCCCAGACGGAGCUGGGUCACGGCACGUUCAUCCGCGGGCUGGAGACGACGGCGACGUACGAUCCGAGCACCAAGGAGUUCGUGCUCCACAGCCCCACACUCACCGCGUACAAGUGGUGGCCCGGUGGCUUGGGUAACACUUCAAAUUAUAGCAUCGUAAUUGCACAACUAUACACAAAGGGUAAAUGUCAAGGCAUCCACUCGUUUAUAGUCCAAGUGAGGGAUGAAGUUACCCAUAUGCCGCUACCAGGGAUCAAAGUGGGAGAGAUGGGAGCCAAGAUGGGAUUAAACGUUGUAAACAAUGGCUUCCUAGGGUUUGAGCAUGUGAGGAUACCGAGAACUAACAUGUUGAUGAAACAUGCUCAAGUUUUAGAGGAUGGUACUUACGUGAAGUCUAAAGACUCGAAGUUGAUCUACGGCACGAUGGUAUUCGUGAGAGUUGUCAUCGUGUUUAAUUCCAUACACAACUUGGCCAAGGCCAUAACUAUUGCUACGCGGUACUCCGCUGUGAGGCGACAGACGCAGAUGAAACCAGGAGAGCCUGAAAUACAGAUCUUGGAUUUCGUGACACAACAAGACAAGGUGUUCUCCGCUAUAGCUGGCUGUUUUGCCAUGAUAAUGAAUGCUCGGAGACUAUGGGAGACUUUCUACAUUAUCGAUGAGCAAAUGCAUACAGGAAACCUAGAACGAUUAGGAGAGCUGCACGCGCUAGCCUGCUGCCUGAAGGCCGUCAGCACGUCGGACUCGGCGAUGUUCACGGAGCGCUGCCGGCUCGCGUGCGGCGGUAACGGCUACAUGCACUCCUCUAACUUGCCGCUCACCUACGCGCUCACCUCGGCCUCCUGCACCUACGAGGGGGACAACACUGUGCUGCUGCUGCAGACUGCCAGGUUUUUACUGAAGGUAUGGCGUCAAAUGAAAACAGUUCCCCUGACUCCUACUGUUGCUUACCUCAAGGAUGCUUCCACCUCAGGAUAUUGUGAUAAGUGGAUCAACACCGUUGACGGAAUCAUUCGGGGCUACAGAACUGUCGCUAUAAGAAAAAUUGCGUCCUGUGUGGAGAUUCUGUCGUAUAAAGUAAUGUCUGGAAUGUCACAAGAAGAUGCGUGGAACACGACGUCAAUAGAAUUAGCUUCUGCGGCUGAGUCUCAUUGCCGCGCACUAGUACUAUCAACAUACCAUGAAGACAUGUCCAAGGCUUGUAAGGACAUGUCUCCACCGCUGGCAGAAGCGAUGCAGCAUCUCGUCCAGCUGUACGCUGUGUAUUGGACGCUGGAGAAACUGGCUGACUUCUUACAGUACACACCAAUAUCCAGAAGUGAUGUGGCAUUCCUGAGGUCUUGGUACGUGGAGCUGCUGGACAAAGUUAGACCUAACGCCGUUGGACUUGUGGACGCUUUUGAUAUUAUGGAUGAGUUCCUCCAAUCAUCUCUGGGCGCGUACGACGGCCGCGUGUACGAGCGGCUGAUGGAGGAGGCCCUCAAGAGUCCGCUCAACGCCGAGCCCGUCAACCAGAGCUUCCACAAGUAUCUCAAGCCCUUCAUGCAAGGGAAACUGUGAUUGUAGCUGCUAUACAAAUAACAGUUGUGUUUCAGAGGAAGUUAUUACAAUACCGUUUGAAUAACUGACU